CAUACGUGUUAAACUACCUGUGUCCAUUGUAUAUCCACGCUGCUAUUUAAAGAACUCAAUCGAUACGGUACGUUAUACAUAACUUCCACGUUCGACAUUUUGUAAUUUGGGUUGAACAAUGACGAUGUGUAAGAUACACGUUAACCUAGAAGGAAAUCAUCACUGAUAUAUGAAGAAAAUGACAGACAAAAAAUUGUGUUCUGGAUGUUUACGAGAUGACGAAAAAAUCGAGGCUGAAGCAUGGUGUAAUGACUGCCUAGAAGAAGUUUGUAAGACAUGCGCAAAGGUACACAGAAAAUUUAAUCCGCCGCAUAAAGUAAUACCACUUCACCAGGUCAGUAAUCUUAGUUCUUCUAUUCUGAAAAUCAGUAAAGACUGUGAUGUCCAUACCGACCAAAGAACCACUCAGUUCUGUACCCAGCAUGACAAGGUCAUCUGUGAUCUUUGUUUGUCCGACACCCAUAAAAACUGUGAUUCCAUCAUUUCCAUAGAUCGAGCAGCAAAAGGCGUUAAAAGUGGGACCGCCCUUGCAGAUCUUAAGAGUAGAAUCAAUCAUUUAAACGAAAUGUUUCCUGAAUUGUUGAAGUGUCAAACUAAAGAUGAAAAAGAGUUUGAUAGGCAAAGAGAUAAAUUCCUCCAACAGAUAUCUACCACCAGACAACAGAUUAACAAUCAUCUAGAUCAAAUUGAAAAGGAAACCAUAGACGAAUUGAAUAAACAGUUCAAAAAAAUCAAACACAAAAUGGAUGAGGCAAAACAUAAAACACAGAAAGGACUUGAGGCAGUAGCAACAUGGAUAGACGAACUGUCAUCGAUAGAAACCAUCAGUAAUGAAAUACUUUUAUUUCAGACAAUCAAAUUGAUGAAUAGUAAAACACACAUAGAAGAAACCAAUAUUAACGAGCUCAAUAAGCAACACAAAAUAGAAUUUGAUCCAUUUGAUACAAACGAUCUUCCCGUUGUACUUAAGUCUAUAGGAAAGAUUUCACUUACAGAAAAUCAAAUGCAUAUACCCGCAUUACAACACAAUUCACAACAAAUACAAGAACCAGUUAAGUCAAUGGAAGGCAAAAUACAACGAUCUUAUUCGUUUCUAACAUCAGUAUUAGGAUCAAAAGUUCAAAUUAGUAACGGUUGUUUUGUGUCCGGAAAGAGACUUCUCUUGUUACAUUACGACUCACCACACAUCUAUGUAUGUGACUAUGACGGGAAUGAUGUUCACAUGAUAACAUUAGAACAUAAUCCAUGGGAUGUCGCUAUGGUCGACGAUAAUCAGGCAAUAGUUACUUUAAGGCAUAAAGGAUUCAAGAUCUUAGAUCUAACAACACUUGUCUUAGGGAGAUGUAUCGAACCUGGAGGACAAGGAUGCUAUGCUGUGUCAUGUAGUAAUGAUCAGAUAUGGACGUUUGAUGGAAUCUACACUAUUAGUCAGAUUGAUAUCAGUGGUAAUAUACUACGUAGUGUAAAAACAAAGAAUAGGGUACAGAACUUUUGUAUUGACAACAAUAGCAACAUUUACUAUACUAGAGGAAAUGGAGACGACAAUAACGUAUACAGUGUAAAACCUGACGGACAGGAGAGUAUAUUCUGUAGUCAUUCUGAUCUCAUUGGUCCUUAUGGUAUCGACUUAGAUGACAAGGGUAAUGUUUAUGUAGGUGGAAUGUGGUCUCAACAUAUACACAGAAUAUCAUCUGAUGGAAAGGAUCAUCAAAUCAUACUGACAAAGGAUGACGGAAUAAACGGUCCGUGGGGUUUAUGCCACAACAGGGAAACAAAACAACUUCUGGUUGUCAACGAUAUUAAAAAAAGUGUCGCCAUGUAUACAUUACCCUAGAUAUAUUGUCAAUGCAGAGGAUUUUAUUACAUAUAAUUUAUAAUAACUGAUAAUUUUUUAUUAUAAUUAUUGGAAAUGUGU